AUGAGUGAAAUAUCGCAUAUUUUCGAUAUACAUGCCAUAUGUGCUUGUUGUAAAGUUGAAAACAAAAAUGAGAAGAAAAAAAAUGAAGUUUUCAAUAAUAAUACAUUUAGAGGAAUUGGGAAUAAGUGUGAUUUGCCUUGGAAAAGUAUCCCAUUAGACAUGAAAUAUUUUACUACAGUAACUACGUAUGUUGAUGAAUCAAAAUAUGGAAAAUUGAAAUAUAAAAGAGAGAAAUAUUUAGAAAAAACAGCAAACGAUACAAAUUAUUUAGAAAAUAUAAUGCAAUCAUCAAAUAAUUUACAAAAUGUUGUAGUUAUGGGAAGAACUAGCUGGGAAAGCAUUCCAAAAAAAUAUAAGCCAUUAGAUAAUAGAAUAAAUGUUGUAUUAUCAAAAACACUAAAAAAAGAAGACAUAAAAGAAGAUGAUGUUAUUGUAAUUAAUAAUGUGGAUGAUUUGCUUCUACUAUUAAGAAAAUUAAAAUAUUACAAAUGUUUUAUUAUUGGUGGUGCAAUUGUAUACAAUGAAUUUUUACAAAGAAAUUUAAUAAAAAAAAUUUAUUUUACAAGAAUAAAUAGCACAUAUGAAUGUGAUGUUUUUUUUCCAGAAAUUAAGGAUACAGAAUAUGAAAUUACAUCUCUAAGCGAUGUGUAUAACUAUAAAGGCGUAACAUUAAACUUUGUAAUUUAUAAGAGAAAAAAAGAAUUAUUAAAUAAUAGAAACCUCAAUGAAUAUAAUAAAGAAACAGAUAGAUAUUUUUUAGAUAUCCCAAAUAAUUGUUUCAAUGGAAAGAAUGAUUAUAAAAAUAUAGAUGAUGAAGAUGAUUAUGUAUAUUUUAAUUUUAUUAAUACAAAAGAAAAAAAAAAUUUCGAAGCAUGUGAAGAUUUUAAAAUAUAUAAUAGCUUGAAAUAUAAGUAUCAUCCUGAAUAUCAAUAUUUAAAUAUUGUAUAUGAUGUUAUUACGAGUGGGAAUAAGCAAAAUGAUAGAACUGGUGUAGGAAUAUUAAGUAAGUUUGGAUACAUGAUGAAAUUUGAUUUAAGUCAAUAUUUUCCUUUAUUGACAACCAAAAAAGUGUUCAUAAGAGGAAUCAUAGAAGAAUUACUUUGGUUUAUAAGAGGGGAAACUAAUGGAAAUACUUUGUUGAAUAAAAACGUAAGAAUAUGGGAAGCUAAUGGAACAAGGGAAUUUCUAGAUAAUAGAAAAUUAUUCGAUAGAGAAGUUAAUGAUUUGGGACCCAUUUAUGGUUUUCAAUGGAGACAUUUCGGUGCUGAAUACACUAAUAUGCAUGAUAAUUAUGAAAAUAAGGGAAUAGAUCAAUUAAAAAAUAUCAUCAAUUUAAUAAAAAAUGAGCCCACUAGUAGAAGAAUUAUUUUAUGCGCAUGGAAUGUAAAAGAUUUGGAUCAAAUGGCAUUGCCACCUUGCCAUAUUUUAUGUCAAUUUUAUGUCUUUGAUGGAAAAUUAUCGUGCAUUAUGUAUCAGAGGUCAUGUGAUUUGGGAUUAGGAGUCCCUUUUAAUAUUGCAUCAUAUUCAAUUUUUACUUAUAUGAUUGCUCAAGUGUGCAAUUUACAACCUGCACAGUUCAUACAUAUUUUGGGAAAUGCACAUGUAUAUAACAAUCAUGUAGAUAGCUUAAAAAAACAAUUAAACAGAAUACCUUAUCCUUUUCCAACUCUUAAAUUAAAUCCAGAUAUAAAGAAUAUUGAAGACUUUACGUGUUCCGAUUUUACAAUAGAAAAUUAUGUGCAUCAUGAUAAAAUUUCUAUGGAUAUGGCCGCAUAA